CUUUCUUCAUUUCUUGAAACUUUUUCCUUCUAAACCUCAGUCUUUCUCUGUAUCUCUCCCUUUCUUCCCUGCAAAAACAGAGGUUGUACGGACAUUCUCCUCCACCAGUAGCCGCAUUUUUAUAAUAUUUAAGGUACAAAGAUGAGGCUUUCCCUGUCCACUACCUAUAAGCAAGUACAGCCUCUAGUGAACUUCCAAGGAGGACUCAACCUGGAAUCCUUCUUUCAUCGGAAAGAUAAGGUCGUAUUUGUAAUUGGAGCAACCGGCACAGGCAAGUCAAGACUCGCUAUCGACCUAGCAAACCAAAUUCCAGCAGAGAUCGUUAACUCAGAUAAAAUACAAGCCUAUAAAGGCCUUGACAUCGUCACUAAUAAGGUCACUGAAGAGGAGUGUCGCGGGGUACCUCACCAUUUAAUUAGCACAAUAGACCAAAAUUCGAACUUCACAGCCACUGAUUUCCGGUCCCAUGCGUCACUUGCAGUUGAAUCCAUCUUGGGUCGGGGGCGAUUGCCAAUCAUUGCCGGUGGCUCCAAUUCUUACAUCGAAGCCUUGGUGAACGAAGACCCUGAAUUCCGGUUGAGGUAUGAAUGUUGUUUUCUCUGGGUGGAUGUGUCACUUCCUGUGCUCAAUUCAUUUGUGUCAGAGCGAGUUGAUAAGAUGGUCAAGGCUGGCUUGGUCGAUGAGGUCAGAAAAAUGUUCAAACCAAACGCAGAUUACUCACAGGGAAUUCGUCGAGCAAUUGGCGUGCCUGAAAUGGAUGAGUACUUGCGGAAUGAAACUAUUGUCGAUCAAGAAGCUCGUGCUAGGCUUCUUGGAGCAGCCAUUGAAAAUAUUAAAGACAACACAUGCUCGUUGGCUUAUAAACAACUACAGAAGAUUCAUCGCCUUCACAAUCAAUGGCGUUGGAAAAUGCAUCGUAUUGAUGCCACCGAUGUGUUCUUAAAACGCGGAGAAGAAGCCGAAGAAGCUUGGGACAAGCUGGUGGUGAGACCCAGUACCAUGAUCGUCGAAAAACUCCUCGAUGACGAAUAUAUGAGAAAUACCGUGGCCGCCAUUACGGCUGUUUCCGCCGCGAAAUCGGUGCCUGUCGCGGCAGUUGCAGCGGCAUCUCUAUAAAGAACUAUGGUCCCAAAGGAUUUAUUCUAUACCUUGCGUACUCCUGAUUAUGACGCGUGGUUUCACUUCCACGUGGAACGCUGGAUGUGCUCAUACUUUUUUUCUCUCUCUCUUUUUUUUUAAUUUUUGUUAUUUUUUGAAAAAAAAAAUACACAUCAAGUGCUAGUGUACUACUAUUUUAGUAUCUUACCAGUGACUUAAGUGGGAGGUGGAUUCAUAUUUGUAAUGUAUGUUUAGAGAGAAAUUGGUAUCAAAUAAACCACAUA